CGAUGGAUCACACACUGUUUGGCUGUUUGCGCAGCCCUCACGCCCCUCCGCAGGCCCUGCACCCCGCCUUCGCCCUUCACGGACGCUCCGAGCACCUCUCCUCAUACCCUGACCUCUCCACCUCCUCUCCUUCUUCUACCUGCAUCGUGAGCGGCUACCCAGGUGAGGAUGGGGGACUGUUUGGGGGACACGGGCACCAGAGAGGGCCACCCAUGUCCCAGCAGCAUCAUCAUCAUGUACCCCAGCCGCAGCAGACCGGAUGGCACAUACCGCAGACGGUCAGCGCCUCGACAACCAGCACCCGUCUAGGACUGGGCAUCUCGGCCCCUGAUUCAGGAUCUUCAGAUAUGGGCCCCGGGGGCCCCAGCCUCUGCGCAAGCACACCGAGCCUUGGCGGAGUGGUGCCCUCAGGUGCCUCCUGCGUUCCCGGAGGGGAUUUCGGACGUCAUACGAUGUCUCCAGCCGAGGCGGAGAAAAGGAAUAGCAAACGAAGAAGUGACAGCUCUGAGUCCCAAGAUGGGAAUUACAAAUCGGAUGUGAGCAGCAAGCCAAGGAAGGAGCGGACGGCAUUCACCAAAGAGCAGAUUCGAGAACUGGAGGCAGAAUUCGCCCAUCACAACUAUUUGACCAGGCUGAGGCGGUACGAAAUCGCCGUAAACCUGGAUCUCACAGAAAGGCAGGUAAAAGUGUGGUUUCAGAACAGACGGAUGAAGUGGAAGCGAGUUAAAGGAGGCCAACAGGGGGCGGUAGCGAGAGAAAAAGAGCUUGUGAAUGUGAAGAAGGGAACACUGCUUCCCUCCGAGUUUUCGGGAAUUCCUGGACUCCACCAUACACCAGACUCACUUAUCAACAAUGAGGACAGUCACGACAGCGACCAGAGCUCUGAGCAUGCUCACUUAUGAUACAAACAGAUCCCAUUCGCCUUUCGAUGCUUAUCUGGGGUCAUGUUCGGUUAGGGAUUAUGUUAAGUACUGACUGAAAGUAUAGACUGAAAGUACAAAAAGACCAUAUGUGCCAAUGAGGAGGCUCCGUAACAUGACGCCUAUCAGGACAGUUCCUGUAGUGUACACAGGACUGAUGUAUUGUUGUGCUUUUGGAUGAUACAGAAUAUUUGUGAUACCCUGGCAUCAAGUUUCACAAAAAAGGGUGCCUUGCUUGUUUGACGGAAUUUGUUUACAUGUUUGAAAGGUGCUGUAAGUCAUUUUAAAAUCCUGCCUGUCAGCAAAGCCGAAUAGCAUCACAGAUUUGUGUUGCUGUUUACAGAACCUAGGGACUUCUGUCAGGUCGCGUGGAUAUUUUCUGCAUGCUAUUCCAUAAAAUAAUCACUUACAGCACCUUUAAAUUACCCUACUGCUCUUUACUUGAAAGACAGAAUCUAGCAGUCCAAUCUGGCCCAACAACAUUCCAUUCUGAUCUUGCAUUGAAAAGGUGUAAGUUUUAGUUUGCACUGUCAAUUUCUGUGCCUUAAUUGAUUUCUACUGUAUGUUUUUGUACAAUGUUGAUGUCAUCAGAAUAAUGAUCAAUUAAGCGUGCCGUCAAAAACAUUUUAGAUAAUGUCAUGUAAAUAUAAUAUAAGUAUUCCUAUUUUUAAAAAAUCUGACAGCUGUAUCACGUGCACACAAUACCACAUGC